AUGAAUUGCCUUGCUCAGGAUCGCGUCUCUGGUGAUGGGAGUCGGGAGCUGGAUCUGGGCUCCUUCCCCUUCCAGCGUGUGGGGCUGGGCUGGACAUGGACUGUGCAGUCCUGCCUGGGAUGGGGCCUUGGGGCAGCAGGGCAAGGGAUGAGCAAGCUCUGGGAGCAGCUGGGGGCAGCCGGCAGCCGGACAGAGACCUGGCUCCUCUUCCCAGAGGGACCCGAGGAGGGCUGGGCUCCCCUUCAAGCUCCCAGGGUGGCCCAGAGCCCUCAGGGGCAGCUGCGUCUCCUUUCAGACAGCAACUUCAUCCUGGCCAACGCGCAGGUCCGCCGUGGCUUCCCCAUUGUCUACUGCUCUGAUGGUUUCUGCGACCUCACCGGCUUUGCCCGCACUGAGGUCAUGCAGAAGAACUGCAGCUGCCGCUUCCUCUACGGGGCCGAGACCAGCGAGCCCAUCCUGCAGCACAUCGAGAAGGUGCUGGACGGCAGGCAGGAGUACCAGACUGAGGUCUGCUUCUACAAGAAGGGUGGAGACGCAUUCUGGUGCCUGCUGGACAUCAUGCCCAUCAAGAACGAGAAGGGGGAGGUGGUGCUAUUCCUCUUCUCCUUCAAGGACAUCACAGAGAGCCGGGGCAAGAGCCAUCCGGUUGACAAGAAGGAGGAGAAGCAGAGGAGCAAGAAGCCUGGGAGCUCGCACCUGCGGGCCGCGCGGAGGCAGGGCCAGACGAUGCUGCACCGGCUUAGCAGCCAGUUUGCCUGCAGGGACCGCAGCGAGAUGAAAAUCAGCCGUAACGUGUUUGAGAACAAGCCGUCCAUCCCCGAGUACAAAGUGGCCUCGGUGCAGAAGUCCCGCUUCAUCCUGCUCCACUACAGCAUCUUCAAGGCCCUCUGGGACUGGCUGAUCCUGUUGGCCACCUUCUAUGUGGCCAUCACCGUCCCCUACAACGUCUGCUUCACGGGCACAGAGGACAGCCUCUCAGCCACCCGUAGCACCAUCGUCAGCGACAUCGCUGUGGAGAUGCUCUUCAUCCUGGACAUCAUCCUGAAUUUCCGGACGACGUACGUGAGCCAGUCGGGCCAGGUGGUGUACGACCCCCGCUCCAUCUGCAUCCAUUACGUGGCCACCUGGUUCUUUGUGGAUCUGAUCGCUGCUCUGCCCUUCGAUCUGCUCUAUGUCUUCAACGUGACCGUGGUGAGUGCCACUCGCGCCGCGGGCAGGGGGCAGCGCAGGGGAGGGGGCCCCUUUCGCAGGGAUCCGCUCCCCACGCGCCUGUCUGGGAGCGCACUGAUGCACGCCGUCGUCUUUGGCAAUGUCACGGCCAUCAUCCAGCGCAUGUACUCCCGCCGCUCGCUCUACCACACCCGCAUGAAGGACCUCAAGGACUUCAUCCGUGUCCACCGCCUGCCCCAGCAGCUCAAGCAGAGGAUGCUGGAGUACUUCCAGACUACCUGGUCGGUGAACAAUGGCAUCGAUGCUAACGAGCUGCUGCACGACUUCCCUGAUGAGCUGCGCGCGGACGUGGCCAUGCACCUCAACAAGGACAUCCUGCAGCUGCCCGUCUUCGAGACGGCCAGCCGGGGCUGCCUCCGCUCCCUCUCUCUCCACAUCAAGACCUCGUUCUGCGCCCCGGGGGAGUACCUGCUGCGCCAGGGCGAUGCGCUGCAGGCCAACUACUUCGUCUGCUCCGGCUCCCUCGAGGUGCUGAAGGACAACGUGGUCCUGGCCAUCCUGGGCAAAGGGGAUUUGAUCGGAGCCGACCUGUGCAGCACGGACCAAGUGAUCAAGUCCAAUGCGGAUGUGAAGGCGCUGACCUACUGCGACCUGCAGUACCUCGGGCUGCGGGGGCUCUGCGAGGUGCUGCAGCUCUACCCCGAGUAUGCCAGCAAGUUCAUGGCGGACAUCCACCAGGACCUGACCUUCAACAUGCGGGAGGGCAGCGAGAUGGAGGUUUGGCGCUCCUUCGGGCUGCCUUUCUCCGUGAGGAGGAAGGGCUCGCGCGGCAGCAAGCACGAGUGCCUGCUGUCGGUGUGCUGGGUCUGCCUGGCGGCGGUUCCCCGACUCCUCUGUCUCUCUUGUAGUGACGACUGGUUGAAAGCUAAAUGGAAUUUGGGGAAGGUGCGGCACCUGUGA